CUAUGACCGAUAAGUCCGCAAUAAUAACCGUGGGCUCAAGAUGCUGCCAGGGUAAUAUGUCAACUUGCAUGAAUCCCAACUCUAGGCGUCCCGACUUAUUGGUAAAUCUGGGAUCUUCCAGAUGGCGACUGAGUGCCGGCUCUUGGCGAAUCCGGGAAUCAAUUCUAGUCCUAUGCGACGUGAAGCAACCAGAAACGUACUGGUUGAGGGAUAUAGAAUCAGCUACCUUGAGUCUUAUAUUCAUCAGCGUGUUCCGCCUUGCCCACCAACAAUUCUGUCAGCAAUUCUUCACGAUGGAAGCAGAAGCUAGCGACGAGGGGGAGUGGCCCCCGCUACCGAAUGAAAUGACCCAUGAAGGCAGAGCGGUUUUAGGCCUUCAUGUAUGCUUGCUCUCGCUAUCAACUAUCUGCAUGAUUCUUCGAUUUCUAGCACGUCGGAUGGCAUCUUCACUUCAAAUAGAUGAUUGGAGCAGCUUGGCAUCUCUUUUUUUUGCCUAUGCCCAAACAAUCACUUCCACGUUGUCGAUAACUAUUGGACAUGGCGGUUAUGAGAUACAACAAUACAGCGAGUCCCAGCUGAGGACCUGGAUGAAAAUGAUGUGUAUAUCCGACUUCUUCUACGCUUUGAGCGUUGCGUUAACGAAACUAUCUAUCUUAAUUUUUUAUCACCGGAUUUUCGAGAUGCAUAAAACCCUCUCAGCAUUGAUCAGUAUACUGAUGGUUGUUGUCGUCUGCUAUAUCCUAAUAGUGACAACUUUGACAAUUAUGGACUUAGCAUUGUUUGGAAGGAAGAUGCCAGAACUCGUGGGUGAUGCCACGGUUUUUAACUACAUAGUCGGCAUUAUAAACUCAGUCCUCGAUGUAUUCAUUCUGGCAAUCCCUCAGCUCACUGUGUGGAGAUUGCAGUGGACCCGAUCAAAGAAGCUUCUAGUCUCGGGCGUAUUUUUCCUAGGAGGCAUUACGUGCAUUCUCAGCAUUGUACGAAUCACCACGGUCAUCACCCAAGGGCAUGAGGAUAUCACUUACGGUGUUCAGUUCAUAAUGAUCGUCACCGUAAUUGAGAUGAACACGGGCAUCAUUUGCACUUGCCUUCCGAUGUUUCCCAGCCUCAUACGACGCUGGAAGCGGAAACUGACGCCACAAAAUAGAGAAGAUCCGGGUUUAACUGGGAGCAUUCUUUUGACCAUUGGCAGGAUGCGGGCUCGGCAAUUGCCGGUAGCAGGUGGAGUAGGGGGUUCGACUGAAGCACUGAAUACCGAGGUCGAUCCAGUGCAUCAGGGGGCUAGCUACCAUAUGGCAGAUAUGAAGAGUCCCUGUUCUCAUAAUGAGACAUCAGAGAGCUCGGAUAUGACAAUCAGUCAACCUCGGUCUGAAACUCGGUGAAAGGACUGUCCGCGCAGGUGGAAUAUUGCGAUUGUUACCAGUUCAUCUUGCAAAUUAUUGCACGUUUGGAUAUUGUUUGUUGAAAAGCCGGCCGUCUAGUUCCGGAUAAUAUUGAUUAAUGUGUUUAUACGUGAAAAUGGAAGUCCACGAAUUUUGAUCAAUUCUCUGGCUAAGGAGGUGGACAAGGUGGGUUC